AUGAUGGAGUAUCAGCGUAGUCAGGAGUUUGCGAACGAGUUUCGUCAGAGAGAUCUUCGACUUCUAAUCGGUGAGGUUCUAAACGAAGAAACAUUAUACGCUACUUACAAUGCUCCUGAUGGUGGACUCGAGUCUCUGAAGAUCGAAGUGGCGAAUUAUUAUGGCGAUAGCACAGCAGACAGGAUCUUGAAAAACUACUCUCUUCCGGGACCAGACGCCGUCGACCAGGCUUGGAAAGAUUUAUUCGGCCGCAUCAUUUCAGACGGCCAAGUUCGAGCGCCGUCAAGGGCUCUGGUCAAGACUCUGAUUGAUCAUGGCACUCCCCUGGACAAGAUAUGGCGGUACCAGAUUGCUUACCGCUUGUCCUUCAUUACUGAGAAGAUCGCGCCGAAGUCUUUUGGCGUAGCUCAUGCAAUGGAUAAGCCCUUCUGGAACUUUUCCAUACUCCACGGACCGACGCCAAAAGAGCGCACGCUCAUGGACGAAUGGAUCGAGAUCCUUGUGGCUUUUGUGAAAGACGAUAAAAAUUACGUAUUUGGCACAAAAUCGGCUGCCGAAAUGAAGGUGGCAACAUCAGAUGCAGCAAUCGAAAUCGAGUUUGACGAGAAAUUUGAGAAGCUGGCUACGCUGGGAGAUGUGUUCGCUGGAAAAGCGUAG